AUGAUAAUCACCCCUUCUCUUCAUCCAGAAUCCCCUUACACGGAUCCUAUAAGUUCGGCUGUUUUGAGACUCAAAGAAAACGGGAAACUGCACCAACUGAAAACGAGGUGGUGGAAGGAACGGUCAGGCGGGCGGUGCAUGCGGGAAGCCUCUUCAGCCAAGUCUUCAGGAGCCAAUGAACUCGGACUGUCCAACGUGGGCGGCGUGUUCGUGGUCCUCAUCGGCGGCAUGGGCAUCGCGGCUCUGGUGGCCAUCUGCGAGUUCCUGUGGAAUGCUCGCGAGUUGGCCACGGACGAGACGGCGUCCUUCUGCGACGAACUGGGCAGCGAAGUCCGAUUCAUCAUGAAGUGUUCGGGCAGCACGAAGCCAGUCAGGAAAAAGGCGCCGUCGACUCCGGAGGAACCGCUCUUUACCUACGGGUCUUAUGGCGCCAACUACGGUUACUCGGAUAGGAAAUAAAGGAGGCGAUGUUUGUGCAGAUUGGUGUAGAUGUAUUGGUUUAUCGGCUAAUAUUUUUUCUACUUUAUUUUAUUUUUUUAUUUUAUUUAAGAGGAGUUUUGUUAUUUUUAUUAUUAUUUUGGAGAGCCAACUGCACAGGGGAAAGAACAGGAAUACAAUGAUUGCGAAUGGAAUAAUUGUUUUUAUAUUAUUUUAUCAUUGAUGUUCUUUCAGCUUAUUUAUUUAUUUAUUCAUUCAUAUGUCUACUAUUUAUUAUUAAUUAGGUAGUUGAAUACUUAACCUAUUUAUUUAUUUAUUCAUUUAUUCAUUUAUUUAAGACGAUGAUGACCAGAAUUUUCAAUGUGUAAGUAAAAAAUAUCUGAAAACACAACAUGCAAAAAACUAGUCUAAGAUCAUUUUAAUUUCAUGUUUCCCUAUUAUCUGUAAAGAAUAUUAAAGAAAACGAAAAUGUAGGAAUUGUCACAAAAGUAAGAAAGAAGAGUAAACGAAAUAACUUAGAAAAAAAUGAUUAUAAAAUGUAUAAAGUAUUCUCCGUAUCAUAACAUGACUAAUAUUUUCUUGAUUGAAUACUAAGACAACUGUACAGUUAUACAUGUCAAAACAACAGUAUUCAUUAAGUAUGUUUAUCUAUAUAAGCGUUGUGCAUUUAUGUAAGAUAACUUUUCAUGUAGAAUGUAUAAUAUAGAUGCGUAUAUAUAAGGCUUUUGCUAGUUAUGGUGUGAAUAGUAGUAUUUUUUCAUUAUUUUCUAAAAUGUAAAACUUUCAGUAUAGUUUUUUUUUUAGAUAGAUUUCCUUAAAUACGGAUAAUUAUGUCUGCAACUGAUAUAUAUUUUAUACGUAGACAGUUUAAAUGAGAUUAUAGAGUGUAAGGUUACGUUUAAUCUUUCUCCCCUAUGAGCUGUAUCUAUUUGUUCUGUCUGUCUGUCUCUGAGAUAGACAGACAACCUCUGUAUCUCUGCCUCUGUCUGUCUGUCUGUCUCUGUCUCUGUCUCUGUCUCUGUCUCUCUG